UAUUUGAAUAUGGUUUUCCAAUCAACAAUAAUCCAUGGAAUAGCUGCCCUCUACUGGUCAGAAAUCAAACAGACCACACGCACUUUCGUUUUCUCAAUAUCGAGAGACAAACAUUUCACUUGGAUCCUCGGCUCUCUUUCACUUCAGUGUUACUUUUCCAGACACAUCAGCAAACAUUCGCUUCUCUGAUCAAGAAUGGCAUUCGGAUUUGGUAAAGCCACAUUUUCAGACACCAAUUCGAGCAGCAAACCUGAAACAGGCCUUGCAUUUGGUUCCACAUCUCCAGGCACCAAUUCCAGCAGCAAACCUGAAACAGGCUUUUCAUUUGGUGUCACAUCUUCAGACACCAAAUCUGCUCACAAACCUCAAAAAGUGACAAAAACUCAUUUCUCUCCUCUAGAUUUUUCACCCUUGCUGCCAAACCAGUGGAGAAAUAUGGACUGGAGUGAAGAAGUGAAAGAGACACUGAUGGAGUCGGUCAGGUCAUUUAAACCUGCCAGUGAGAGUGUUACUGAAGCCAGAAUCCUGCUGAUCGGUCCAGUUGGCGCUGGGAAGUCCAGCUUCAUCAGUUCUGUCCAGUCUGUCUUCUCUGGACGAGUCAUUAACAGAGCCAUGGUGGGCUCAUCAUCCUCUACCAGCUUCACUAAAAAGCUUCGCUCUUUCAACAUCCGAGGGGCAGGAGAGAAGGCAGACGAGCCCACAGCUCUGGUCUUGUGUGACGUCAUGGGAGUAGGUGAAGGAGAAAGCACUGGACUGACUCUUCAUGAUGCGCUGUCUGUCAUUAAAGGACAUGCUCCAGAGGGACACCAGUUUAGUCCUGAGCAGCCAAUUGGAGCUGAUACUGUGGGCUACAUGAGGAAACCAAGCACCAAAGAUAAAGUGCACUGUGUGGUGUUUGUAGUAGACGGCUCAAAGGUCGGUUCAUACCCCAAAAGCUUUGGCACAACCUUCCAACAGCUAAGAGAACAUAUCAGCAACUUAGGUGUACACCAAGUGGCAUUACUGACCCAUGUGGACCAAGUUUGUAAAGCUACUGAAAGUGACAUCACCCAAGUUUACAAGAGCCAGACUAUUCAGCAGGCAAUGGUGAAGGCGGGAGCCCUCCUGGGAAUGGCCACAUCUUACAUUGUCCCAGUGAAGAACUACUGUUCAGAGCUGGAUCUGGAUGAAAACACAGAUAUCCUACUGCUCAAAGCUGUUGAUCAUAUCUUACAAUAUGUCAAUCUAUAUUUCCAAGACAACAGUGAUUAAAGCACUUCAGUAAGAAAAACGUCACAUUAUAAUGUAUACAGAAGUCCCCAGAUUUGUCCCAGUUUGUUGAUGCCAAAGCUUGUAAUUCUUUGCUAAAAUGUUGUGGUGAACUCAAUUUUUAUAAAACAACUUUAACUUUCUUAACAGUA